UCUCUGUUUUUCUAAUCACUUCAAACUCAAUCAAUUACAUUAAUUUACAUAAGAAAUUUUUCUCUCUUUUUUGUUUCAUCAACCAAACAAAAUGGCUGGAAUUGUUGUGGUUUUUGAUUUUGACAAGACAAUUAUCGAUUUGGACAGUGAUAAUUGGGUGGUGGAUGAAUUAGGUGCUACUGAUUUGUUUAAUCAACUUCUUCCUACCAUGCCAUGGAACUCUGUUAUGGAUAAGAUGAUGAAUGAGCUUCAUUCACAAGGCAAAACUAUUAAGGACAUUGAAGAAGUACUGAAACGUGCACCUGUAAUUCCCCGUGUUGUUCCAGCCAUUAAAGCAGCUCAUGCUUUAGGGUGUGAUUUGAGGAUUGUGAGUGACGCGAAUCUUUUCUACAUUGAGACGAUUUUGAAUCAUCUGGGAAUAUAUGACUGCUUCACGGAGAUCCACACGAACCCAGGCUACGUUGAUAAAGAAGGGAAACUUAGAAUUCUUCCUCACCAUGAUUUUCACAAAUCUUCUCAUGGCUGCAACAAUGUCUGCCCUCCCAACAUGUGCAAGGGCCUGGUAAUAGAAGGAAUACAAGCUUCAUUGGCUAAGGAAGGGAAGAAAAGAAUGAUCUAUCUUGGUGACGGGGCAGGUGAUUUUUGCCCCAGCUUAAAGCUCAAAGAACAAGAUUUCGUAAUGCCAAGGAAAGAUUUUCCUGUCUGGAAAUUAAUAAACGAAAACCGCGAUCUUGUAAGAGCAGAAAUCCACGGGUGGAGUAAUGGAGAAGAGCAAGAACACAUUCUGCUUCAGAUAAUCAAAGCAAUUACCAUUGAAGAGAACCAAUUUUUAUCAGUUGAUUGCAAAUUCCGGACGAUUCCCAUUAACGCAGUUCAUAAGGCCAUGCCAAAAGCUCUCCCUGUGCCGUACUAAGCUUUUAAUGACUACUUGGUGUUAAUAAAAGUGUGAUUUGUGUGUCGAUCAACCUUAAAAGAGAUCAACUAUGACAGCUAACUGUGAUUAAGAGUUGGCUUUAAUAGCUAACUGUGAUUAAGAGUUGGCUUCAAUUAUUUGUAUUUUAUGGUUUUAUUGAAUUACUACACCUGAAAGUGUGCCUUGGUUUUGAGCCUUCGAUUCGGGCUCUAAAUACUAUGAUGUAACACUGUUAACUACAUAUAUAAUCUACUAUCUCACUUUUGAUAUA